AUGGGAAGCCCAUCUGAAUGUCAAGAUCACAACUAUCACAAAAGACGGCGUAAGUCGUCUACAUCCUCGGUGGAGGAGGGUCCUUCAACGAAGAGGACACGUGGUCGGGAGGAACGACCAUCUCGACCCAGGCAAAGGCAGCCAACUAGACGAAAGCGGCGCCCUCGUUCUGCUAGCAGCAGUGAAGGCAGCGGUGGCCGCCAUAAGGAUUUUGAAGCGAGGUUUGACCAACUCUCGUACCAGGUGAACGCUAUUACUGAUUUUAUUCAACGUUCUAUGCAUCCGGAAACCCAAUCCCAGAAUCGAUCGGAAUCUUCUUCAGACGACGAAGCGCCGUUAGAAAGUGUGACUUUUAAAGACUUUAAUACUACUUUAAAGGACAAAGGUUUUGGAAAAACUGAAGAAGCAAAGUUUGAGUUAUUGAAGAAUUUGCAACGAUUCGAUUCUCGGGAAUGGGCUGACAUAUCUUUCUUUGAUAUUCAAAAGAGUUUCCUAGCGGUUCCAGGUUUCAAAGAAUUGGAAACGAAUGACGAAUUGCGUCAUUAUGAUAAGUCGAAAUAUUUAGCAUCAUUUGAAAAGACAUUAGCUUCUUUAACUCAUGCAUUUCUUCUUCAUCGCGAUCAUACGCAGACGUGUUUGCAAAAUAUUUUGAAGUGGGCAGGACAGUGUGAAAAUAUUACUGCUGUGUCUUUGAAAGAUAAAAUAACAGAUUUAUUUAUCGAGGACGAUAAAUACAACAAGAGCACUAAUGAUAUUUUGCAAAUUCUUUGCGGAAAACGGGCUGAUGUUGUUUUGAAUCGUAGAAGUGAGAUUUUAAAGAAUGUAACGGAUACUGUGACCGCGGCUGGUUUUCGAAAGAUACCCCCUUCUUACGAGAAUCUUUUUCAGGCGGAUAAGCUAAAAGAAUUUCUUAAAAAUGAGGGUGGUUUGAAUAAAGUAUUCCCCGCUCAGAACAAACCGCGUAAAAACCAGAAAUUCCCUAGAUUUUCGGCCGCCAACAGAGGUUAUUUCCAACCUUCGGUACCUCCUUUCCGAUUUAAUUUUCGAUCGAAGCCAACAUUCCCCAGUUUCCCUGCGUACGACUUCAACCAGUCCCGUGCCCCUAGAGUCGAUAGGCAAGAACCUAGACGUGGACAGCUACGGCGAUCAGGCUACCACGAUCGAAACAAGCGAUUCCGAGAGUUCUGACUCGGGGGCGUUCAGGGCAGGGUGUCUGACGUUAUAUCGUCGUCGUUGGGAAAUGAUAGGAGCAAAUCGAACAAUUCUAAAAAUUAUUUCAGGCGUACGUCUUCCAUUUUACCGAAAGCCUCCGUUGGUUUGGCCGAGUUCCAAUAUAGUAAAGAAGUUCGAAAUCCAGCCGUCGUCAGACAUGACAGAGGAAAUAACAAAAAUGUUAACAGACCGAGUAAUAGAACCUGUACCUCAUUCGCCAAGUUAUUUGUCAAAAAU